CAUAUUCAAUGUCGACACGCAAAGAAGAGCCAAGGCACUGGAGCAAGCAAUAACAAACACAAGCCACUGGCGAACACAAGUUUCGACAGCCGAACAAAAAGCUAUUUGACGUCCUUACAAGUCAUUGUCGUUUUUAUACUCAUCUAACCGUAUAACCGUGCGUAAGUGUAGCAUCGUCGCCACACAGUGCUCUGGCACGUAAGGGAUUUAACUGUUAUCUAACAUUUGCCACAACAAGCCAAACAGCUAGCACACGCUAAUCCUUUCUGGCUAGCGUGUUCUCGUCCAAGUAGAAGACAGUGGCAGGUAGAUAGACGUUGGCAAGUGAACACUUAUUGAAUUUACGUGGUGACAUGUGAGAAACCGAGGUGGGAAUCUUGGACCCAUUAUAACGGUACCGUGACAUUAAAAGGAUAUCAAGUACUCAUAACAACCAUCUAAGGAUGCUUCAAUUGUGUGGCUGGUGGGCUGGAGCACCGCUGACAGCUCUUAUCAUUAUAAGCAGCAUAUCACCCUCGCCCACACAAGCAUAUAUCUAUGCUCAUUACAGUAACAUGACCAUGUUGUUUGAGGACCUUCCUGCCCUGUUUGGAUCACCCCUUCCUAAGGAUGGACUAAUGGGUGUUUUAGUGGUGUCCCGCCCUCUUAAUGGCUGUGCAGCAAUUGACCCUCCGCCUCAGCUGCCAUCCGUUAUCGACGCCAACACCACCAAAUUCAUAGCUCUCAUAAGACGCUAUGAUUGCAAUUUUGAUCGAAAGGUGUUACAUGCACAGCAAGCUGGGUACAGCGCUGCCAUCGUUCACAACAUGUACUCUGACUCUCUGCUCAAUAUGAACUACAGUAAUGAUACCAUAGCAGAGGAGAUUGACAUCCCCUCAGUGUUCACCAGCUUCUAUGCCUCAGAAGUUCUUAAGAAUUUUAUAAUUCCAGAUCAAGGAGCCUAUGUGAUUUUAAAGCCAGAGUUUGCUUUCCCACUAUCAUACUACCUUAUUCCCUUCACUGGAGUGGUUGGCAUGAUCAUUCUUGUCAUGUUUGUUAUCUUGGUUGUACGCUGUGUCCAGUACAGAAAAAGGCUUAGGAAAAAUCGCUUGUCCAAGGAACAGCUCAAACGCAUUCCAACCCACAAGUUCACCAAAGGGGAUGACUACGAUGUGUGCGCCAUAUGCUUAGACGAGUAUGAAGAAGGGGACAAGCUACGGGUUUUACCCUGUUCACAUGCCUACCACUGCAAGUGUGUUGAUCCGUGGCUAACUAAGACCAAGAAGACAUGCCCCGUGUGCAAACAGAGGGUCACCCGGACCAACCCAGAGCACUCAGAGUCAGAAUCCGAGGAUGAACGCAGUGUGCGGGGAGAAGAAGAAGGAACAGAGGGUGAUGCUGACUCAGAGCGCACCCCUCUGCUCCGCCCGUCGAACCCAGGUUCCCCCUCGGGGAGUCCCGGGGCCUAUUCAGCCACCACCACUACAGUGACCACCGCCCAGUGCAUCGCCUCACCGGCUCACGACAGCUCCCCCGUCUUGGGAUAUGAAGGCUACUAUUCCCCUCAGGAGGAUACAGACUCAGAAAGCGAUGUGACCGAAGAUGAACAGCACCACGGUGCUGGCGGCGGCGAAGACGAUGACGACACGGCUCAGCUUAUUGGCCGGGAUACAGUGCACAUCUGAUGGCUGGAUCUUCUACAUGACUCGUGAAGAAAAGGGCCUUUGCUGUUCUCUUAGCUCUCUAUACCACUCUGUACUCAGUAGUACUUUUGUUGUAUUAUAACCACACGCAUUGAACAUUUUGACUCAAAGUUAUCUUUAUGAAUGAAUGAUUCAGUAAAGGUGGAAGGUUAAAUGAAUGAUAACUCAGUCAUAUUCUGGGAUGUUACAUGUGAAGCAAGGACACUUGUUUUUGAUUCCAUCCUAAUUCUUUUUCAUGUGACAGUCCAUCCUUCAUCCUACGUCUUUACUAUGUGUCUAUGCACAGCAUUGUUAUUUCAAAAGAAAAGUUUUCUUGCACAUGUUAGUUUUCCUUAAUCUCACACUAAACUACGCACUACUAUGUGUAGCUACACAUGUCUGCAGCUUUUGGAGUAUAUUGUUAUUAAUCAAUAUCCAUCAUUGUCCACAUGCUUAUUUUUGGUGGACUUCUGCGCAGUGUGCCUAUCUGUUAAAGACUACACACCACAUCAUUUUUGGACCAUGAUCGAGUACAUUUGUCCCAUUAUAUGUUGCUUUUUUGCUGCAUACUUGCAUAUGAGAAAAACAAUCUGAAGGCUCUGUGCAUCGUGUCAGGUAACAACACUGACACAAGUUUGACAACAUUUUUUCUGUGGGUGCAGCCAAUGGUCACUGUACAGAGUUUAUUCAUCACACUCCUACACGAGUACGUGUUCCUGCCACAAAGUUAGAGAGGUCUGAGCGAAGAAAUACUUUUCAGUUAAUGGAGUUAAUCCAGGAUGAACAAAGAAAUUGCCUUACUUUGGUCUUUAUGUACAUUGUUUUAUGUUCAGAAACACACAGUUAUGAUUAGUUUUAGUUAGUUUCUUAACUGUAUUUUUAUUUGUACUGCUAAACAUUUUUGGGCUGAAGUAGGGGUUCUUUAGUGUGAUUAAUGGGUAACGUGUUGAUUUGCACCAGGGCAUGUAUACUGUAUAGUCCUCCACAUUGAUCACGUUUGGCUCCAGUCUGUUUGGUAUAAAAACUGCAAAUGUUAACUUUCUUUGGAAGCACUAUUUUAGCCUGUUAAUCUGCUUGGUGUAAAUACACUCUUUCACUUUUAUCUGACAUCCUAAUGUCACAGCUGGACUACGUGAUUGGAAUGUUUGAAUUCAAAUGUGGAGAAAUGAUGUGGAACUGUAUGCUAUUUAUGUACAAAUGAAAGCUCACAAUGAUAUGCGGAAUUAGAAAUUAUGUUUAAUUUGAAUGUCCUGUACCACCGUCAGAGUUGUUGGCUUCAUUUAGCGAUAUAACUUUUUUAAAAUCGUUUUUCAUCUACUUUCACAACAGGCUCAAGUUUAUCAGGCAUUACUACAUUUGAAAUGUCAAGUUUAGACCCUCGAUAACAUGAUGAAGGAUGUCUUGGUCUAUGGAUAGCUGCAAUUCAAUGUCUCAUUUAGGGAAGAUUAAACUGAAAAUUCAUUUAAAAUACGACUGCUGCCA